UUUUGAAUUGAAUCUAAAAUGAGGAAGUCUAUUUUAUGGCUAUUUCACCUUGUUUUGAAUAAAAUUAAUAACCGAAAAGAAAGUUAGCUUGGUUCGUAUUUUUUGGUGAAUAUUUUGCCUGGAGAUUCUUCUACGUAUGUACACUUAUACACACACAUUUUUUUAAUUUACCACCAUUCGAUAAAUGAAAGUUAACAAAAGACUGCUGCUACUGGUAUUUUCCAUAUUUAGGGAAAAUACCAGUAGCAGCAGCUAUCAUCAUAUGAAUUCUGUAUGAAGGUAGAGGAGUAGGAAUAACAAUGCAAUCCAGCAACGUGUUACUACUCAUAUAGUCAAUAAUUAUGAUGUUUCACGUUCCCCAGCUCAGUUGAAUUGCUGAAAUUUCAAAUCAACACCAUAUCAACAACGUACAGUAAGCGCCAUCUUUAAUCGUAGAGAAAUCUGCAAAAUGAACAGCGCCAUCUAUGUAUAGCGCCUUUCAAACUGAAACAGUUCUAAACACGGACCUCUAUUAAUCCCACUAGAGGUCAGUGGUUCUACACGAACACUUAAGAUGUCGCUAUCAGAAGUUCUUGACGAUAUUUUUGACAUUGACAGCCAGCUGUGUUUUGUGUUUUAGAUUUUGUGAAAUUGUAUUGCAUCGGCCGGGAAAAUCGGACGCUUAAAACAAAGUUUUUAAAUUAAAUGGGAGUUCUUAAUUUAAAUUUGAUAUUUACCCAUUUUAUUCAAUUAAACUAACACGGUAUGUUCAUGACGUAAAUUAGUUGUUAAGGUAAAGUUUUUAAGGAAGCAAUAUGAAACCUUGGUUGGGUUUGUUGUUUAUACUUAAGUUUAUCAUGGCUGAUCCUACACCAAUAGUCCUGUGGCACGGAAUGGGUGACACUUGUUGCCUUGUUUUUAGCUUGGGAAUGUUCAAGACCUAUCUUGAAAAGCAAAUACCAGGUGUCUAUGUCCUAUCUCUAAGAAUAGGAAAUUCUGCAAUAGAGGAUUUAGAGAAUGGUUACUUCAUGUAUCCGAAUAAGCAAGUAGAAACUGUAUGUGAUGUAUUGGCCAAAGAUCCUAAGCUCCAGGAUGGUUUCAAUGCAAUUGGAUUCUCGCAGGGAAGUCAAUUUUUACGAGCAGUAGUGCAGCGAUGCGGUCAUAAAGUUGGGCCGGUUAAAAAUCUAGUCACAAUCGGAGGUCAACAUCAGGGCGUAUAUGGAAUACCUCACUGCUUCGCCUUACAGCACGGGACUUGCGACUACGUGAGAAAACUGCUUAACUAUGCCGCAUAUUAUAGCUGGGUCCAAAAGUCCCUAGUUCAAGCGACCUACUGGCACGAUCCUUUAGACGACGCGACAUACAAGAAGAGCAGUGAAUUCCUCGCAGAUAUCAACAAUGAGAGAAAGAUAAACCAGACUUAUGUGCAGAACCUGAACAGAUUGGACCAUUUUAUAAUGGUGAAGUUCGAGAACGACAGUAUCGUGCAGCCUAAGGAGACCGAGUGGUUCGGAUUCUAUGCUCCUGGACAGGCGGAGGAGAUAUUAAGCUUGCAACAGUCUGAACUUUAUAAGAUGGACCGCCUGGGUUUAAAGAAGAUGGACGAAGAUGGAAAAUUAGUAUUCCUGUCUCAACCAGGAGAUCACUUACGUUUUACGGAGGAGUGGUUUACAGAAAACAUAUUAAAACGUUAUCUACUCUGAAUCAACAUUAACGCUACGCUUAUUCUAUUAACUGAUAUCGAUUAUUAAUUCUUAGAAAAGUACAGAAAGCAAUCUCAUUAGAACUUAACUUGAUUUGAUUUUUAUAUUAUCAAACCAACUUUUAGCCUUAAAAUCAUGGAGUUGACUACAAAUGACAAUUGACAGCCGGUUGGUGCAGUGGGCAGCGACCCUGCUCUCUAAGCCAAAGGCUGUAGGCUCGAUUCCCAUAACUGAUGAUUUU